AUGAGUUCCGCCACUCUAGAAUUCAACAUUAAGCAUGCUGGUAAAGUAUACCCAGUCAAGAUAGCCUCUGACGCCACUGCUGGAGAUUUGAAGAAAGAAGUAGAAGAUCUGAUCAAAGUACCUGUUGCACGUCAGAAAUAUAUGGUCAAAGGUGGUUUGAGCGAUGACAGCGCCACCGAUCUGGCUUCGUUAAUUAAACCAGGGUCAAAUGUGAUGGUUCUUGGUACCCCAGAUGCAGGUUUAAUCUCGAAACCAAAGGAGAAAAGUCAAUUCAUCGAAGAUCUUGCUCCUGAACAACAAUUCCAACAUGCAAACGAUCUACCCAUUGGUUUCCAAAACAUGGGUAAUACCUGUUACCUAAAUGCUACUUUGCAGGCUUUAUACAGGAUUGAGCCAUUGAGAGAUAUGAUUUUGGACUAUAACCAAAAUUCGACGACUACUCCAGUGGAUGAAACGCAUAAGAAGAUUGUUGUUGAGAUGAAACGCUGUUUUGAGAAUUUGAAAAGUAAAAGUUACAAAUCUGUGAUGCCAAUGGUGCUAUUGACCGCACUGAGAAAAUGUUACCCCCAAUUUGCCGAGAGAGAUCCACAAAGUGGUUUUUAUAAGCAACAGGAUGCGGAAGAGUUGUUUACGCAACUUUGUCAAUCGAUGUCGGUUGUAUUUGGUGACAAAUUCACCGAGGCAUUCAGUAUAAAUUUCCGGACGACUAUCAAAGACAGUGCCAAUGAGGAUGAUGUGAGUGUGAAGGAAGAGAGUGAUGUUAAAUUGCAAUGUCACAUUUCCGGUUCUACGAACUUUCUGAAGAAUGGUCUGAUUGAGUCCCUACACGAGAAGAUUGAGAAGAGAUCCGAGUUCACUGGUAUGAACUCGAAAUACAAUGUCGAUAAGCAAAUAACAAAACUGCCAAAGUUUUUGACCGUACAAUACGUCAGAUUCUUUUGGAAGAGAUCUGCUGGUAAAAAAUCCAAGAUCUUGCGUAAAGUGGUGUUCCCGUUCCAACUAGAUGUUGCCGAUAUGUUGACACCAGAGUAUGCAAGCGAAAAGAUUAAAGUUCGUGAAGAAUUCAGGCAAGUGGAUAAGGAAAGAAUCGAAAAAAGCCGUGAUAUUAAAAAGAGAAAGAUAGAAGAGUCGACGGACUCCGUAGUGAUGACCCCGAGAGAAAGACACGAAACCGAGUUGGCAAUGGCCAAGAGUGAGCAAGAACAUUGGGUGGAAGAAUUCAAGAAGAGGACACCAAAAGAUUUACAACAGGGUGAAAACCCAUCAAGUCUUUACGAGUUGAUUGGUGUGAUUACCCAUCAAGGUGCCAACUCAGAGUCGGGUCAUUAUCAAUCCUUCAUAAGAGAUGAUAUGGAUGAGGAUAAGUGGUACAAUUUCAACGAUGAUAAAGUCAGUGUUGUGCCUAAGGAAAAGAUAGAAGGCUUAGCUGGUGGAGGUGAAAGUGAUAGCGCUUUGAUCUUAAUUUACAAGGGUUUCGGUUUGUAA